UGCUUCAAAUGCGCAUUUCCAAUCAACCUUUUCUUUUUAACACGUCAUUCAUUGCUUGACUCCCAAAAUAAUAUUUUGACACAACACUAUUUCUUUUGAUUUUCUUGACAUACAAAGGAAACGCUUAUCCUCAUUAUCUGAGUAUAAAGUUAAUUGUCUCGUACACAAUUUUCGUUACCAAUUAAAGUGUGUGGUUUUCUUUCGAUUCGUUACUCGUGUCUUAUUUCUUCUUAUCAAUUCGUUUUUUCAUUUUUUCGUUACAAACCCUUUUUUUUUUUUUAAUUUUUUUUAAAAAUACAAACGAAACAACAUAACAAGCCACUAUAGAGAUGGGAAAUUUUUUAGGAGCCGUCGUAAGCCGUUUGAGUCGAUACUUUGGUACGAAAGAAGUUCGUAUCUUAAUUUUAGGUUUAGAUAAUGCUGGUAAAACUACCAUUCUUUAUCGAUUACAAUUGGAUGAAGUUGUGGAAACCAUCCCAACGAUUGGAUUUAACGUUGAAACGGUCCAGUAUAAAAAUAUCAAAUUUCAAGUUUGGGAUUUAGGUGGACAAACAAGCAUUCGACCCUUUUGGAGAUGUUAUUUGCCCAAUACAAAUGCCAUUAUUUUUGUUGUGGACAGCGCAGAUAAGGACAGAAUUAGUGGAGCCAAAGAAGAACUUCAUUUGAUGCUUGAGGAGGAAGAAUUGAAAAACGUUAUUCUACUAGUUUUCGCUAAUAAACAAGAUUUACCUGGAGCCUUAUCUGUAGCAGAAAUAUCUGAUACUUUAGGGUUAUCAUCUAUACGUAAACAUCAAUGGACUAUUAUAAAAACGUCUGCUGUUAAAGGCAUUGGUGUUUCAGAAGGACUAGAUUGGCUUGCAACAAGUUUAGGCGCCUAGUUACAGUCUUACAGCAAAAUAUUUUUAAAUAUACUAUUUAAAGUGUCUUUCUUUUUUUUUUUAAUCUCCAUGUUCACACGCCAUAAAAUCAAUUUUUCUUACGAUUACUACGACGAUGACCACUACUACUACUACUACCACCAUCACCACAAUUGUUUUAAUGAAAAUGCGACACAAGAAAGAAAAACAAAACAAUAAACAAACAAAUACAAACUGUUCAACAACUAAGACAUGGGUUCUUGAUCGCCUAAGACUUGAGCUCUUAAAGGCCUAUGACUUGCUCUCUUAAAGUCCUAUGACUUGGUCUCUUAAAAGCCUAUCACUUGACCUUUUGAACGGCUAAGACCUGAGCUUCUCAACGCCCAAGACUUGGGCUUCUGAACGCCUAACAGGUGAGCUCUUGAGCGCCUACGUGGUGGGAUUUUGGCGCCUUCGUUUGUAAGGACAAGAAAAUUUUUUUGACUUUAUUUUUUCUUUUAUUAACCCGUUUUCAUCCACGGUGUUGGAUCUGACUGUGUUAUUCUUUUGGCUGAGCGGUUGUGAUAAGAAGCUUUCAGCCUCACAUAAACUAUGUAGAACCGAUGAGUUUGGAAAGCAUUGAUAUUUUAAGCCACACUACCUCGAACAAGACACUUACAACAAAGUGCAACAAAAAAAAAAUGUUACCUGAGUUAAACGAGUAGAAAAACUUUGCGGUUCUUCUGUGAAAAAAGUCCCAGGAUCCGUCCACAGGGUAUCCUUACUUUUUUUUAUAAUAAUCCCUUUCUUAAUUUUUUGAUGACAGUCUAAUUCAAGUUGGUGUAGCUUUUCAUUAAUAACAUGAUUUUCUAGCGAGGACUUUGAAAAGCUAUUCACUAAACUUAAAAACUCUUUAUAGUCCUUCUCAGGUACUUGGGAGUUCGAUAAUGUCUUUGGUGUUGGGUCAAACCAGUGCAAGAGACGUUGAAGAAGACCCUCUUCAGGCAGCGUCUCGUGAAGUCUUUUCAUCAACAGUAUCAAUUGAUUUUGUUCAGUACGUUGACAUGGUACUAAAAUAUUCCCAUUUAAGCUUUUCAGAAAUAGAUAAGGAAAACAUAAGACGCAUAUAGAUUGGACCCGAUGAUAUGUUUUAUAAAUACACUCCACCACAACAUUGCUAACCCGGUCUUUAAAAUCAUGACUUGUUUUUAUCGAGGGCAAAGGAUUCUGAAAACAAACAGUGCGAGCGAUCCAUUCCAGAAAAAAAGGUUCCUCAUGAGUGGGCUUUAAUAGAAAGCACUCAAGCCAUGCGAUAUAAGCACCUUGCGUAGAACCCACUCAAAAAAACAAAGGUUUUUAUUUUAAAAAAUUGCAAAGAGGAUUGAAAAAAAACAGACUGAAAAAAAAUAUUCCUUGAGCUUACUUGAAUCGUGAUGUGACACUUGUGUUGUUUUGAUCGACGAUUGUUUUAUAAAAAUCUUUUCCCACGCAGCGUAAUACUGCUUCUUUACUUCAUUCGUAGGAUCUGAAAUUUUCCUUUUAAAAGGUAUCGUUUUAUCUAAAGUGGUAUUAAUGUUUUCUUCCAUUUCAUAAGAAGAUGAAACUGGACUUAAUAUUGUCUUAAGUAAUGCUUCGACGAGUCUAAGAUUAAAAGGCAUUUAGAAAAAAUACGUUUAAAGGCACUGAGAGGCAUACUUAUAGGUUAAAUUCACCGAAACAAAGUUUAAAAUGAAAAAAAUGAAAAAUACAACAAACAUAUUGUUUUUGUUUUGGGGAUGUCUUCUUAUUAAAACCCAAUCUUUAAUAAACGACAAAACGGUUUCAUCAUAAGAGGCAUCACAGAGAAAAUCGCGUGAAAACAUAAGGAGAUUUUUAAAACCACCCUCCCAAUCUCUUAAACACUGAAGUAUUUCGAUAAAAUUUUUGUUACCCAACAGUUCCUUUACCAAUGAAAACAAUGUCAUUAAAAGCCAAGAAUUAAAAAUAAGAAAAAAAGCAUUUGCCUUCUUUUCAAUACUGUUAAAAUACCUCUUCUGUUGUAUGUAAUCUGUUAGCUAAUCGUUUCAAUUGACGACGUUCACUACGUAAAUGUCUCAACUUGAGAAGGUGCUGAUAGACGGAUAGGGGAGAGAAAGAUUGAGUUUUUAUUCCAUUACUGUGUUUUACGGAAAUCUGUGUUUCAAAAAAUGAAGAAGAAUAGGUGAAACGUUCCAAGUCUAAAUAAAGGGCCAUAAGACCUAAUAAAAAUUGCUGUAAUUUCACAAACAAACCACUUCAAAACGAUUUGGAAAACAAACAGUAAAUAUUACAGUGGAAUGUUUUGAAUAGGUGUAACGUUGACGAAUCAUCUCAGCUUGAGGUUCCCAAUACGUUGUAACAAUAUACUCUAGGCUUAACUUAGCAUGGUGCCUAAAAAAACGAGAAAUCCGCGGGAAGCUGUCUUACAUUAAGAUGAUUUGUACCGUAAAAGUUCUAUUGAUGGUAAGUCAGCAUUAUGAGUAAUACGAUGACGACACUCGACAAGUUCCGAAGGAAUUCCCAAUUUGCAGCCUAGAUUGGAAAUUGAUUCUGCGUAAUACUUCCUUUGUUCUGCAUCCACAUACGUGUUAAUGAACCUACAUGUUUAAUUGCGAAAAAAAGUUCCCAUUUAAAAACCAAGGCCUUUACCUAACAAUUGCUAUACCAUAAAGCAUUUGAACUUGAUCUUGUGAGAUAGAACAUGACGACGUGCGAUCUGUAAUAGAGGCUUGAAUUAAAAGCUUUGUAGCAGAAAUUGAAAUAGGAGUGUUAGAGCAACGUUGUUCCCAGAAAGAUAUCUGUUAAGGGAAACACGUAUCAACAAAAAUUAUGAAAUAGGUACUAAUCUUACUCGUGUUAUAGCCCAUUGUUGUUGUUCUAUAUUAUUAUGGCUUUGAAAUAAGCUUUCAUAAACAUGAUACCAUUCGUGCUCGUUAUACCAAGGAACGUGAGCUGAAGAGAUCAUGUAAAAAUGGUUGCCACGGCGCGUUGAUGAAAUUGUGCGCUUGUAGUUGUUUCUGUGCACUUCAAUGAAAUUGCUUAUCUUUCUGUGUAUUGUUCAAUAAUGGUUUUGAAAAUUUUUAACAAUUUUUUUUUGUCUUUUUUGCUAUUUCUUUUUUACCGCAUUAAAAUUGGGGAGCAUCAUACAAGGACAAGGCAUCAAUAUCAGAUAUGUGCCUACUUUUCAUCCAAUUCAAGACAUUGUGAUAGCACGAACAAAUUAACAAGAAACGACUGCUCUAAUCAGCGAAAACGUGUGUAUUGUUGAAUGAAUGGCAGACAAUUACGAUAUUCGAGAUGCAUUACAUAAUACAGUAAAUAAUAUAAGUUUAAAACUUCUUACAAGUUAUAGUAAUAUUUUACAUGAUUCUAAGAUUUCUUCAGUGGACGGAGAUUUGGAAAGUAUUGAAUUAAGCGCUUUUCAAUUAAAGAUUCAUCAUUUUGAAAUU